AUGGCCAUCUUCUGUUUCCUUGUAGACCAGAGGAAGCAAGUCCGGGGGAGGAAGCCGGCGGCCGGGCUAUGCUCGAGGUGCGGAGGAGGAGCUGUGGUUGCGGACAUGAGAACCUCCACUAGAUUCUGUGGUGUCCCCUUUUACCGCAAAGCUUGGAAGGCCAUCGUCUGUCAUUUCUGCGGCGCUGUCCUCAAAUCUUACCACUGA